UACAAAAAAGGCAUUUCAUUGCCUUUGAUGAACGCACACGUACAAACAUUGCCCACGAAAACAGGACAGUCUAUUCACUACACACUAUGGGCAGAUCGUCGAAAACGGCCAAACGGUCGAAGUUCGCGGGGAAGAAUGUUGAAGUGACCAAGCCUACUAUCUUCAAGAAAGAUGUGGCUGUAAAAGGAGGACGAUCCGGCGUACAGAAGAAGAAAGAAGUUUUGACGAAAGUGCUUAAGGGCAAACCGAAACGAGGAAGUUCGGCAGCGGACGCGGCCACUAAUGCAUGGACCAAGGCUGCCAAGGGGUUCGGCGCAAAGAGGAGUACAAGUGGCAAUACCACAGAUAUGCAAGAAUAGUUAUAGAAUAUAUUAAUUUAGUCUAGUUAUAUACUACCUUGAGUGUAGCAGAGCCAUUGGAUAUGCACGGGACCGAGUAAAAAUUGGUCUGCUUGUACAGUGUGUGCCUGGCGAAGGGUCGAUUCCAAAAGCCAACAUCUCAGUGCAUAGCUAAUUAUGGUUGGAAAAAAAUAAAGUAGUUGGCAAACUUCGGCCAGAAAACAACAGAUAUA